AUGUUGCCAGGAUUGCCAGGACUCAUGGAAAAUCCUGCAGCGUUUGGUCGCAGGAGCCGCGUCAUGCAAUGGAGUCACCGCAUGCCUGGUGCUGGCAACUGUUCGCCCACGAAGGCGGGCGACUCGAAUCGACCCCCCAAAGUCGAGAUGGAGCGCCGCAAUGCGCAAAGUAGCCGCUGGAGCAUGAUGCAGGUCAGUCAAGUGAGUCAGGCGGACUUCACUCGGAUGUUGGCCGCGCUGCCUUCUGAUCGUUGGCAGCGGGCUUUCCGGGCUCUUGCCGCCCGAAGAACAUCUGGCUGGAAGGUCGACACCAUCAAUUUCAAUGCGGCCAUGAAGAUCUCAGCUAGCUCUGGACCUUGGGCGGCACAGGUGGCCUUACUUGACAUGCGCUCUCAACAGCUGCGACCUACAGCAGUGAGCUUUGUCCUGGGUAUGGCUGCUCUAGGAGAGCUGGAGCCGCGGAGGUGGGAGCGUGGGCUUGGGUUCCUGCUGGUGAUGAAGGAGGCCCAAAUGCAAGUCAACGAAAGAUGUCUCAGUGCUUGCAUUGGACUGUGCUCGAGGAGCAGAAAGUGGAACAGAGCCCUGAAGCUGCUGAAUCCUUAUGUCGAUGAACCGUGCUUCAAUGCCGCCUUGCUUGGCAGUGAAUGGUACAGGUCUUUCGCCUUGCUCAGUGAGAUGAACGUGUUGCGGUUGAAGCUCGAGGUCGUCACGCUUGACACAGUUCUCCGCGCCCACCAGGACGCGCACCCGCAAUGGAGCCGGGCGCUGGAAGCAGUUUCGAGAUGGGCAGGUUUUGAAGAGAAGAUCCCCGCGGCAACCUAUGGCGCCAUGAUAGGUGUCUGUAGCGACGCCAAGCAGCGCCAACUUGCCAGUCAGCUAUUCUACGAUAUGUGCCGAUCAAACGUGCAGUUCACUGGCUUCGCAGAGCCCAUCCGUGCCUUGAGCAGAUGUUCAGCCUGGGUCGAUGCACUGCAUGUUCUUGAGGUCCUGGGCACCCUAUUCCUGCAAGCAGACAGCAAAAGCUACAAUGCGAUUGCGAGCUCUUGCAGCAGCUGCUGGGGUGCUGCAUUGGAAGUCCUCCGUCUUCUUGAUACCGGCUUGAGGGUCGAUGUUGUCAGUGCCGGUGCAGUUCUGGAUGCCUGUAGCAAGACGAAGCCGGCGAAGGAUUGGCAAGCUGCACUACUUUUCAUGAAUCACUGCAUGGACUCCGGCAUGGCAAUUACGAGCGCGUGCCGCAACGCCGGCAUUAGUACCUUUGCGCCCAGGCAAUGGCCAAGAGCCCUGAGAUUGGCAUACGCAGACACAAGCAGCUUCAAGUUGGACGCAAGAAGUCCAGCGAGUAAGGUUGGGCCAACCGGACCGGGCGACUUCACGGUAGUUACGCUCGGCACGCUGCUCAGUGCCUGCAUGGCAGCCCUUCAGUGGCAGCGAGCUCAUAGCACCCUUGCCCAUAUAGCUCUGCUUCGAAUUCAAGCCAACACUGUUGUUUGCAACAGUCUGCUGAGUGGGUGGGAGGAUCGCCCCCUCUGGCGCAAAGGAGCCCAGCUCUUAAAGACUUUUUUGUCAGGUCAUGGCCAAGCUGAUCGGAUCACGUACAACGCGCUAGUCAGUGCUUGUGAGAAGGGUGGAAUGUGGGAUUUGGCCAUCGACCUUGUUGCAGAAAUGGGGCUGCGUGGCAUGCAGUGCAGCACAACCUCCAUCAACUCAGCCAUGAGCACCCCAUGGGAGCAAGUGCUAGCUACGUCUUUGAACAUGCGCAAUGGGAGAUUGCAAGCAGACUCAUUCACGCUGACAGCCUUAAUCAGCUCGCUUGAGGAGGAAGGGGCCUGGAAGCAAUCCUUGCACAUGUUGCAGCUAUCCUCCAGCGGCCAGCUACAACCGCAUUCGAUCUGCAUGAAUGCAGCCAUCAGCGCGUGCCAGAAGGGAGAUGACUGGACGUCAGCCAUGCAGUUGCUCGGCUCGUUUCCCCGGCACCACGCUGGAAGCAUUACCUUCAAUGCGAGCAUGAGCGCCUGCAGCAGGUGUGUCAAAUGGCAGCUUGCUGUGGGCAUGCUUUGCAGAAUGGAAGACGACAGGCUCCUGCCAAGCCUGAUUACGCACCAAACCGUCCUUGAUGCUUGCUAUGGUGCCGGGCAUUGGCAGCGAACCCUCAUGACAUACAGUCGCAAGGCCAUCCAUGAUGUGGCCAGCUGCAGUGUUGCCGUGCUUGCCAGCAUUGGUGUCUCUCAGUUAAGUGUGGUCUUGCUUGGCCACCUCAGGACAAGCCUGGUGGAGCAGCUCCGUCCAAGCACACAAGGUGCUGGAGUUUCCUGA